CUGCCAGUGCCAAUGCCAACGAAACCAAUCUGCCAAUUUCGUCAAAUAAAAUUGGUUCUGCCAUUGUAAAAUGGACCCAUGUAGAGGGUGCUGAUUAAUGAUUCUAUUUAUUCUUUAUUUCGCCUAAUAAAACUUUUCAAUAAUAAGUAAAAAUGAGCGUGUUUAAGUCAGCCAUGGGCUACUUUAGCUCCAGUGGUGCUAACGGUGGAAGCGACAAUGAAUUCGUGGGUCAAUUUGUUGAAAUUGGGAAUAUGAAACUGAGAGUCAAAAAAGUGAUUGCAGAAGGUGGUUUUGCGUUUGUGUUUGUCGCCCAAGAUGUGUCAUCUGGCACUGAAUAUGCUCUAAAGAGACUUAUGGCGGCUGACGAGCAGGCAAACAAAAAUAUAAUCCAAGAAAUUAGUAUAUUAAAAAAGUUAUCGGGGCAUCCCAAUGUUAUUAAAUAUAUAGCCGCUUCAUUUAUUGAUAAGUCAAAGACCUCGCAUGGAAUGGGAGAGUAUUUGUUGUUGACGGACCUGUGCAGCGGGGGCAGCUUGAUGGAGGCCCUUCAGAACCGAGGGCAGGCCUUCCCGCUGCCGACUAUCCUCAGGGUGUUCUACCAGACAUGCAAGGCAGUACAACACAUGCAUGCACAGGUUCCUCCAAUCGCCCAUCGUGAUCUCAAGCUAGAAAAUUUCUUAAUAUCUAAUGAAGGUACAAUGAAACUCUGUGAUUUUGGUUCUGCAACUACUGACGUGUAUUCGCCUAAUCCUUCCUGGAGUGCUAAUCAAAGAAAUAUGUUAGAAGAAAACUUGGCCCAGUUCACGACGCCCAUGUACAGAGCCCCAGAGAUGUUAGACACCUGGGACAACCGGAAAAUAGACCACGCAGUGGACGUAUGGGCGUUGGGUUGCAUACUGUACACGCUCUGUUAUAUGCAGCACCCGUUCGAGGACUCUGCUAAGCUGGCCAUAUUGAACGGGAAUUACAACCUCAACCCUAACGAUCAGCGCUACAAAUGUUUACAUGAAAUCAUAAACGGGUGCCUGACGGUGAGCCCCGAGCAGCGGCUGACCAUCAGCGGGGUGCUGGAGCGGCUGGCGGCCGUGGCGGAGUCCAACAAUAUCAAUCUCAAGCAACCACUCAAAUUUGAGCGUAAAAAAGUUGAACAAUCUGUGGCCACUAGCUCGCCAGCGGUGAGCAAAGAACCGAUAGGAAACAGCCAAGAGGUGCCAAACUCGCGGCCGCCGGAGCCGGCGCGGCCCCCGCCGCCCGCGCGGCCGCCGGCGGCGCCCCACUACCCCCUGCCGGCGGCGCCCGUGAACUCUGGAGGCCUGUUCUCCUCGAUAAAAGGUGGCGCUGGCAGCUUUUUGAAGAAUCUGAAGGACACCUCUUCGAAGGUCAUGCAGACUGUUCAACAGUCUAUAGCGCGAACAGAUUUAGACAUGAGUUACAUUACAAGUCGCGUGCUUGUGAUGCCGUACCCGUCCGAGGGAUUGGAGAGCGCAUAUAAGACUAAUCACAUUGACGACGUCAGGGCCUUUUUAGAAACGCGUCACCCCGGCGGCAAGUACUGCGUGUUCAACCUGUACCGCGGCGGCCGCCUGCACUUCCCCCGGCACGCGACGGUCACGGACGCGUGGCAGCUGUGGCCCACGCCCGCGCACCGCGCCCCUCUCCUGGCGCCACUCUACAGGCAACUGCAGGGCAUGUACCAGUGGCUGGGGCGUGAUGAGCGCGCCGCCGCUGUCAUCGCUUGCCAGGACGGCAAGUCAAUGUCGUGCAUGGUACUAUGCGGACUGCUGUUGUACGCGAAGCUGGUGACGGUGCCGGAGGACGCGCUGCAGAUCUUCGCCGUGAAGCGCGCGCCCGCCAACAUGCCGCCCAGCCAGCUCCGAUACCUAUACUAUCUCAAUAAUAUCAUUAGGCCAGAACCAAUCCUCCCGCACUUUAGGCCAGUUACUCUAGUCUCCCUAACUAUUCAACCAGUACCAUUAUUUACGAAAGCCAGGGAUGGUUGUAGACCAUUUAUUGAAGUAUUCAACGAAGAUAGGGUUUUGUUGUCGACGCUACAAGACUACGACAGAUUACACAUGUACACAGCACAGGAAGGCAAGGUGACAUUACCACUAGACACGACGGUAUGCGGGGACGUGCUGGUAGUAGCAUCGCACGCGCGCCAGCAGCUCGGCCGAGUGCACACGGUGCCCAUGCUGUCCGUGUCCUUCCACACCGGCUUCCUGCAGCCCACGCAGCACGCCAUCAAGUUCACCAGAACCGAGAUCGACGGAAUAGAAGACACAACCCCGGUCAACGACCACUUCCCCUCCAACGUCUCUGUCGUCAUCAGCCUCGUGGUUCAGAACGGGGAGCGCCGCAAGCCGCGCUCCGACCCCUGGGAGGAGGACCACUCCUUCCCGGUGCGGACGCCGGACGUGCUGUUCUCUACCACGCUGGAGAGAGACGAGACCAUCGAUAACUUUGCUAACCUCCGAAGCAACCCUACGGCUAUACCGUCCACAAUGACAGCGGAGUACCCGGCCGCGGAGGCCGCGCCGCCCCCCUCGCGGCCCGCGCCGCCCGCCCCCUCCCCCGCGCCGCCGCGCCCGCCGCGCCCCGCGCCGCCCGCCCCCUGUCCCCCGCCCGCCGACACCGCGGACUUCCUCAACCUCGCCACGCCUAAACCCAAGGAGGAGAAGAAGCUCAAGACCGAGGACUCGUUCGACUUCUUCGGGAUGAUGGAGAAGCAGGAUGACGCGUUUGGAGACUUUCUUGGCGGGCGGACGGCGGCUGAUAAUCCGCAGCCGUUCUCGUCGGAAUCCAUAUUCGGUUCGGUGCCGGCACCGGCGGCGGCGGCGGCAGCGGCGGACGCACCGGUGCCGGCCGCGGACCCCAACUUCGACCCAUUCGGGCUCAACGAGCCGCUGCCCAAGCAGGACAACCUGCUCACUCCGCAGCUAAUCAAGGAGGAUGUCCGAUCACAGAGCGUGCCUCUAGAUCAGCUGAAGAAGGACCCGUUUGCGGAGCUGGGCCUGCUAGGGUCCAGCAUCGGGCACGGCUCGGCGCCGGGCGGCUCGGCGCGCGCCUCGCCCGCGCACGCGCCGCCCGCCCCGCACGCCCCGCACCCCGCCACCCCCGCCCGGUCCCCGCAGCACCAGCCUGACUACAGUCGAACACACUUCGAACCAGCCAAAACGCCGAUGGAUGACAAGCCUAAAAAACCGGCGGAUGUGUUUGGAGACCUGUUAGGCAGCCAGGGCUACGAGUUCGCGGCCAAAAAAGACGCUGGCCCGCGGACUAUGAACGCCAUGCGUAAGGAGGAGAUGGUCAAGGAAAUGGACCCGGAGAAGAUUAAGAUACUUGAUUGGACGGAAGGCAAGAAGGAGAACAUCCGCGCGCUGCUGUGCUCGCUGCACACGGUGGUGUGGGAGGAGUGCCGCUGGGCGCGCGUCGACAUGGCGCAGCUCGUGUCGCCCGCCGACGUCAAGCGCAACUAUCGCAAGGCCUGCCUCGCCGUGCAUCCCGACAAGCAAAUGGGAACGGACAACGAGAACAUCGCUAAAAUGAUCUUCAUGGAGCUCAACAACGCCUGGAGCGACUUCGAAAACGACGCCAAGCAGCAGAAUCUCUUCCAGUCUUAACUUAAUAACGUAGGACGUUCUCAUCAAACUAAAACUAGGGGCCGAUAUACCAGACAAAGGAAUAAUAUUGUAAAACAGCUGAGGUAAAUAACGCUAUACGGCUGUACUGGAUUUUCAAAUGCGCCGAUAAUAUUGUCAAUGUGUGUUUAUUUCGAGCAAAAGGUUGAAAAUCUACACAAACUGACGGAGUUCAACAGCACGUUUGGAAAUGGACAAACGAACUCUUGAGUGAGACGAUCGUUCGUUUGUCUAUUUCUAAACCGCAGUUUACAACAUCAGUUUAUAGCAACACUAUUGUGCAAAACUUUAGAUUAAAAUUAAAAGGGCACCUCGUGAUGAUUAAAAUGCUUUUUUUGUCAUUUGUUACUUCCGAGUUCCGUAACCGAGUCAUUGGAAACUUUAUUGCUAAAAUUGGUUGAUGAAUGUUGUUUAUUAUAAUAUUUUAUGUAACCACUAAUAUUGAAAUAUCCAAUCUGUAAUAGCCUGUAAUCUUUAAACCUGAUUUAAUAUUAUUCGUUACAGCAAAGUAUUUACAUUCUACCACAUUUUGGUGUUGGGUAAGUCAUACUUAUAUUAAUAUUAACGGAAAAGAUACUCCAAUAGCAUUUACUGUUAUACUUUGAAUAAGAGAGAUCCAAAAUAUACGUAUUCGUACAAACGUUAGACUUGUAUUAGUACAGUUUACGUUAUGUGUGGACCUACUACUGAAAAAUACCAAAAAAGACUGCCGUCUUUUUCGCUUCAAUAUAAUUGUAACGAGUAUUAGACACAAAUUAUUUACUUGCACAUGCCCCCCAAGUAAAAAAAACUUCCAGAUGGUAAAAUAAUAUAAAUAGAUUUUUGACGUUCAAUAAUAAAUGUGCAUGUUAUAUUAUUCUAUUAUUCAUUGUUCAUGAUUUAACUCGAUAUACACAAGAAUAUAUUCAUGAUGCUGUUAUGUUCAACGUUAAGAUAAUAGUCAAAUGUAUAAUAUUAAGCGCAAUAAGUUUGUAGCGUUAGCAGCUCAAAUUAUUGCUGAAAAAAGAACUAAAUAAUGUAUAUUCGGAAAUGUGGGUAUAAAAACGCCUUACGGAUGUUAUAAAUAAGAUAUUCUGUCAAACAGCGUUUCAGCAACUACUUUUGGGAACAAAGUAACAAAAAAAUUCAAGGUUUAAUUAUACAGAUGUAGUGAACAGUCCUUUGCCAUCGUAUUUUCUCGGAAACUUUCGUAUUUGUCAUGCUACUUCAGUCAACCUCAGUACUUUUUGUAUUGAGGUUGACUGAAAUAGCAUAACACGAUCGUGCCUUUCCGUCAAAAUACGACGAAAAAGGAUUAUUCCCUGCAUCUGCAACUGUCAUUUCUCUGUAGUCAGCAAUCUGUGCCUUCGAGAUGCACAAAAUAAGGUUCAUAAUUGCUUGAGGGUAAAAAUUAUACUUGUAUCAUCAAUUUAAUACCAUUCGGAGCACAACGGCCGAACUUAGGAAGUAUCUGUUCUUAAUCCUAUCUUUAUGUUAAUGUUCAAAUGUUUUAAACAAUAUUCAAAAUCAACUGAAUAUGGAAUAUCCGGAACAAUUUUGUGGAUUGAAAGCCGGAUGAACACAUUGUUCAAAAGUAUCUUCUGAAACGCUGCAUGGCUACAACGGCUUAGCGUGUUAGCUUCUACAAUGCUGGAUAGAAACUAUUUGGUAGCAAGUGCAAUAAUUAUCGAUGUACAGUCAUUUCGCUAUGAGGUUUGUCAAUUAGGAUUACCCACUCGUAAUUAAGAAUAAUUCAUCUAUUACGAGAAAAAAAGAAAAUACAGAGGUAGAGCCAAUUCAAUUCUAGAUGUCGGUGUUUAAGUACUGUUACGGU